AUGUUGAGGAUUGUUAAACUUAUUAAUAAAGAUGAUUUUCAGAAAGUAGAUGAAAUAACAAUUGAAGAUUCUUUCAAUUUGGUGAUGUUAAAUAACUAUGUAAAUCACAUAAACAAUGAUAAAUACCAGUAUGUUUUUUAUUAUAAUGAUGAGGUUAUUUAUAACUUGGAUAAAUUAACUGAGGAAGAUACUAAUGAAGUUUAUUAUACAAUUAAAGAUAAUAUUAAUAAACCUCUAAUAGAAUUAGAUGAUUGUAUAGUGAAACUGAAGGUUGUUAAUGAUAAUAUUUUAUCUAAAACAUACUCUAAUAAGAUUUAUAAAAAUGAAAGAUGUGUUUUUGAUUCUUUUACCAAAUUAGGAUUAUUAUUUAAAAUUAACAAAGAAUUAGUUUUUAUUAAUAAGAAUAAAAUAAUAAAUCACUUGGGAGAAUUAAUAAUAGAAAAUGAUUCAUUGAUAGAAGAUGUAUUUGUAUGUGGAGAUAAUUUAGUUUUUUUAUCAAAUAAUUUGAUAAAGUAUAUUGAAAACAAACAAUUUAUAUUUGAAUUAGAAGUUAAAAACAUUUCAUUUCUAACACUAAGUGAAACUCAUAUCGUUUACAUUGAAAAUAAGAAUAAGAUUAUGAGAUUUAAUAUUAGAAAGAGAACUUUUAGUAACUUUUUAAUACCUUUUGAUAUUGUUGUUACUUGUAUAAACGUCAUUAAAAAUGUUUUUUAUUUAGGAACAUCAAAAAGUAAAAUUAUUAUUAUUAAAGGUUCUGAGUUACACAUAGAAAAAAUUAAUAUAAGAUAUGCUACACUUUUAAGAGAGUGUGGAGAAUAUUUAUUGAUAGGUUCUUUUAAUAAUUUAUAUUGGUUUGAUAAAAAUGAUUUAAAAAAGGAAAUUUAUAUUAAAUCAUUUGAUAAUCAAAUCAAUGAUAUUUGUUAUUAUGAUAAUCAACUAUACGUUGGUGUUGAUAGAAGGAUAUUUAAAAUAAAUUUAUAG